AUGGCGGGCCUCUGCAAUUGCCCACGUUGCUUCAGGACUGGUUGGGAAGCGGAGGAAACGCGGAAUUUGUCCAUCAUUAGAGAAGGCCUCUGGAAGCUGUUUUCUAUUCUCAGCGGCUGGACGUUAGUGACACAGAAAAGCCUAGAGUUGGAGCUCAAGGCACAUCAUUCACCUAGCAACUCGGACCGCUGGUUCAAGAUGAAUCCCCGAAAGGAGACACCGCCACGGAAACAGGGCAGGUUGCACCCGUUGUCAUCUAUCGGCCUGCGGUUUCCAACCGAACUUCCUCGAGUGGACGUCGUCACUCGGCUCACCCUCGGUAGACAACUCCAACACCGGCUCCAGCCUCUGCAACUACGAAGUCUGCUCCACAAGCUCGGCCACUUGGAGUACAUGGUCUACGAGCCCGAGAGAGAUUGGAACAGAUUUUACGCCGGCGCCUUGAUGACAACAUACGAUAUUACGAUUUGA